UCAUAAAAAAAUUAGAUUCUAAGAUGGUCGCACGUGUUGGUUGGUAAGCAGUUUGAUAUCAGGUGACGAAAAAGUAUUAUUCUGACUGCUUGAGUUUGACACAAAAUGGGAAAACGUAGUUUUAAAGCUACGAAAAGUGCAAAGAAAUGGAGAAAAGGAGAAUCGUGCGCUAGUAAUCCUACACAGCGGAAGUUUAGAGAUGAAGUUACCAAGCAGACAAUAACUCCUUUUCAAACAGCAAAUGUAUCCAAGAAAAAUAGGUCAGGAUUGACUGCUGCUGCACUGUCAAGGCAUCAAGAUGAGCUUUCAGUUGAAGAUGAAAUUAUGAGUGACAAAGGGAUGCCAAGCUCUAAAGCUUCAUCAUCUAAGUUUUCAAUUAGUGGUUUGACUGACUGCUCUAAUUUAACAUUUGAAAAAGUUCACAAGCUAUGGUAUUCACCAUCAGAGGAGCACAAACAGAUUUGUGCUGUUCUUGCUGCUGUAACUGAAGUUAUUAGAGCUAAUGGUGGUAAAGAAACAGAAACAGAGUAUUUUGCAGCACUGCUGGUGGCUCUUCAGGGAACCAAAGAUGAACCAUCAAUUGCAUCAAUUAUCUUUUUGCUUAAUCUAGUCAUCAAAAGGCUUCCCCAAGCAGUUAUUCAGCACAAAUUUGCGGAGGUCUCAAAGAUUCUUGUAGAAACUCUUGGGAAUCAGGUUGAUACUGAGAAAACAUCAGUGUUGAAAAAUCUGAUAUCUUGCUUGUCAACCCUGCUUCGGAACCAAGAUGGAGGCAUAUGGCAAGAUCAAUCUACCCGUCAACUGUUUCAAUCAAUUCUUAGUUUUACAGUAUCUGCCAAAGCAAAGGUGCGUAAGACUGCUCAAACAGAAAUCGCAUCACUGGUCAAGCUGAAUCUUGCUAACAAAAAGAGCCACAUCACAUCUACUUUGGUGACUAAAUUUUGUUUGCAGCACCUCCAAGAAACUGGGUUAGGUCCAAUGACGUCAUCACUACAUAUUUUAAAUCUGCUGAAAAUUGUGCUACCAGCGCUCGCUAGCGAGAACCUGAAAGCACUUUCCGAGGCAGUCAUGAAUCUAAUGAAAACAAGCAACACGGUUACCAAGCUGAAUUGUCUGCAAACGUUAGACUCGUUGUUUUCUGCUCAUCCACCUGAAGAAAAUUUGCCUGUUUGGCUCAACGGCAAAAUGAUAUCGGCUCUGUACGACUUCCAACCAAGCAUCAAUGAUGUUAACAUCGCUGGUGCCUGGCUAAAAGCGAUGUUGUCCGCUUACGAAAAUUUGUCCAUUGUCGGAGAGAAAGAAUGUCUUGCCAGCCUUCCAAGAAUAUUUGCCUCCGUAAUGACGUUUAUCCUAUCGGAUUCAAGGGUGACUGUAUCUUACGCUGCUGAAACUGCAAAGGGACUGGUUGAGAAGUGUAUGGUACCAUCACGUGACCUUAUGGAGAGCGAUACUGAUGAUAAGGGAUUAUCUUCUUUCCAGAGCAUUUUCAGGCAAAUCGAGCAUGGAUUGAAGUAUAAAUAUCAGCCGGCCUGGAAUGUUGUUAUUGAUUUGAUUACACUUUUUUUCAAGGAGUUCGGACGCAAAUUUCACAAGAAUAUGAUCAAAUGUUUGGUUAAUCUCUGCGAGUUACACAACAACGAAGAUUUUCCACUACUGAAGGAAGUAGAAAAGUCAGUCUCACAAGCUUUUAGAAGCAUGGGUCCAAAGGUGGUGCUGAGUGCUAUACCCUUAAAGCUUGUAAGAGAAGAUAAGAAAUGCGACUUUCCAAGGGCUUGGAUGCUUUCACUUAUCAAAGAUAAUAUCGAGGGUGCUGAAUUGCAGUUUUUCAUCUCACACUUCCUGCCAACUCUCGCGCACUUGAGAGAACGAGAGGCAUCGUCUAUGGAAGCUGGCCUUGUCUUAGAAGCGACAAUAUAUUCUACAUUACAACAACAGGUUUGGUCUCUGCUUCCUGGCUUUUUCAACAAGCCGAUUGACCUCAAGGAAUCGUUUAAGAAUAUUGCACGCAUUCUUGGGAAAGCUUUGGUCGAUGAACCAAAACUGCGUCUUGUGAUUCUUCAGUCAAUCCGAGCAGCAGUUACUAAGGCUGCGAAUACCGAUGAAGAAGUGAACGAAUUGAGAAAGUUCAGCAAGAACUACCUUCCAAUUCUUUUCAACUUGUAUCUGACUGAAAGUGAGGCUGGCAACGAGCAUCUGUCAUUACCCGUCCUGGAAACCAUCAAAACAUAUGUCAAGAUAAGCGAUGAGCCGCUGAUUACUGUUUUUGUUGAAAAUGCACACGGGAAGCUCAAAGAAGAAGGAUGCCCUCAGAAAAAGAGGCAAGCUUUGCUGGAUUUGCUCAUCGCAAUGGUUGCAUAUUCUAGUGAAGAUUGCAUCAGUAAAGUUUACAACACUGCGAUUUCGCUGAUUCAGAGUGUCGAAGUCAGCGAGCAAAAAAAAGCUUACCGCAUUUUAGAAGAAAUUUGUGACGGAAGAUCAGAAGCCUGUCAACGUUUUGCUUUAAAGAAACUGGAUGACAUGAAAGAGAGGCUGUUUACGUCUAUGUCCGCCACAGCACCAUCUUCCAAGGCGCCAAGACUAAGAUGUUUAACAGGGAUAAUAAAGAUGUUAAAAGCAGAAAAGAAAGACUUUUUGAUGUCAAUUUUGCCUGAGGUGAUCCUGUGUACGAAGGCCAAUAACGAGAAGGCCAGGGAAGCUGCCUUUAAUCUAGUUGUGGAAAUAGGAAACAGCACAAUUUACCACGGAGACAAAUCGAAAGAAGAGUCUGUUUCAGAAUACAUCGAGCUUGUUAUGGCAGGUCUGGCUGCCUCUUCCCACAUGAUCAGUGCAACGCUAAUUUCUCUUGGUAAAAUAAGCAGUGUUUACAGAGAAUUUUUAGAGCCAAACAUUGUGCAAAAGCUUCUUUUGUCCAGCGUUGGUCUCCUUCGUUCAAAAGACAGGGAGGUGCAAAAAUCAGCCUUGGCUCUUUCAAAGGCUCUGGUUACAUUAUUAGAUCAUGAAGAGCUUUUAUCAAACGUGCGAGUUAUGGUAAAAAACCUAUUUGAUGGUAAAAGAGGAGAUAAAAAUAUAUUACGGACACAAACAAAAUUUAUUUUGGAAAAGCUGAUAAAGAAACUUGGGUAUAAAACUGUAGUGUCAGUUACUCCAGCUGAACACCAAAAGUUUAUUACUGCGAUUAACAAGGGUCUUGAAAAAAAAAGACAGGCAUCUCAGGAUAAAAAGGAAAUGCUGUAUUCAAAACGAAGAAAGGGUACUAAACAGGAAGAGUCUAGUGAUUUAUCAUCAGAUGAAGAAAACCAGCAAUUUGAAUCCACUCGUAAAACCAAGAAAUCAGAAAGUUGGAUAAUGGAACAGGGUCACGAAGUAGUGGAUUUAUUGGACAAUAAAGUGGCUUCGAAGAUCUCAGGAACUGAGCCAAGAGCUGGCAAAAGAAAACCAGAUGGAGGUUUUGCAACUCAAGAUGGAAAACUCGUUAUAAACGAAAUGGAAACGUCUGAACCUCCUGCUGAAUAUAUACCAAUACAUGAAGACAAACAACCAACGCCACGAAAAAGACCUUUCAAAAAUAGCAACGACAACGAAGAAAACACAGGCUACCAACCUGGAGGUAUUGGGAUACACAGAGCUGGGACAAAACAAGCACGAAAACUAGAGGCAAGCCAAACUCAAGACAGUUUUGGAUCAGAGUAUAAAGCAAAGAAAGCUGGUGGUGAUAUGAAGGUCCGUGGGAAACCAGACCCAUUCACGUAUAUUCCUUUAGACAGACAAAAUCUAAACAGAAGGAAAAGAGCUAAAAUAUCUGGCAAAUUUCAUGGAAUAGUAAAGGCGACAAAACGAAGUGCUAAAGUCGCGAAAACUUUCAACACAAAGAAAAGAAGAAAAUAGUAUGGAAACUUCUGGAAGCUUUUUCAUAAGUUCUUUUUCAACAUUUAGAUUUAAUCAAAAUAUAUUUCACACCUUUCAAGUAAAGAAGCGUGUUUUUGUUUCUUUUAAGUUGUACGUUCUAUAUCAUUAGUUGGAGUUCAUACAAAACUUUUGUAUUAUCCCAAUAUUUGGUAUGUAGACUUGGCAAAAAAAUAGGCUCCUUUUCUAUUAUCCUCCUUAUUUAUUUGAUAAAAUAGCAUUUCUUUCCGGGAAUUUACUAUAUGAAUAUUGAAGAUUUGUUCUAGGAUGCAUAGACCUUACUAAACAAGCCUUUUCAGGAAAGCAUGCAGAUUUUUUCUUUGAUAUUAUUCAGCUAAAAAUACUAUUUUAAAAUCCUCUUGGAAUCUGACACUUAGCUUCAAUAAAAAUUCGUUUAUUCAGCAGCUUUUCCAGUACCGUAAUUCUUGGUACCAGAUGGUAAGGAUUUGUCAGAAAAACGCUUGUUCGGUUUUCUCACAGCCUUAAUAGUAUAUCUACAGCUUACUUGUCUGCAUUUACUUUGAUCCUAUUUCUAUCUGACCAAAUCGAUCAUUUUUUCAACUGCUUGAUAUGAAAUCAGCUGCGUCUUGAGUAGAAUUGAUUUGUUAUUCGUUUGUUUGCCUAUAAUUGUAGUUUGUAGAGUGUAGAAGAGUGUUUGCAGUUUUAAUAAAGGAGAGAUGUUCAAGAAACCCAA